UGUGUUAAUUGUAAACGAUUUUCUUUAUAAAUUGAUAUUAUUGCUUAAAUAACUACAAAUAUGAAUUCGUUAAUGAACUAUGGAAGUGAUGAUGAUGAUUCUCCAGAAGAAAGGACGAUGGUCCGUUCAGAUCGCUAUGGAGUACCUGGGAGAAACUACAGGAAACCUUCAGAUGGUGGAGGUGGCUGCUCAUCCCCACAUGAUGACACUAAUUAUGAUGAAGUCCAGAUGAGUCUUAGUGAGGACUCUGACGCUGAAUCUAAGUCAACUUCGAAGUACCGUCGUGACAGAGAUGAUCAAAGGAACAGCCCCAAACAACGAGAAUCCAGGGAUACGUCUCUAAGAGAUCGUAAAGACGACAGACCUGACAGAGAUAAUAGAUAUGGUGGAAGAGAUAGAAAUGAAGAUAGAAAUAGGAAAGAAAGGGAUGAUGACAGGGGAAGGAGUAGAGAUGAUGACAGAGCAAGGAGUAGAGAUGAUGACAGGACGAGGAAUAGAGAUGGUGACAGGGCAAAGAGUAGAGAUGAUGACAGGGCAAGAAGUAGAGAUGAUGACAGGGCAAGGAGUAGAGAUGAUGACAGGAUAAGAAGCAGAGAUGAUGACAGGGCAAGAAGUAGAGAUGAUGACAGGGCAAAGAGCAGAGAUGAUGACCGUGUGAAAAGUAGGGAAGAUGAUAAAAAUAGGGAUAGACAUAAAGAUAGAGACGAUGACAAAAGGGACAACAGAAGAGAUGAUCGCAGGCCCCGAUCUAGGGAUAGAGAAAGAUACAGUAGCCGAGAUGAUAGGUAUAGGCAAGAUAGAGACAGGCGAAGAAGCAGAUCGCCUAGAGAUAGCAGAGAGAGGAGACGAAGUAGAUCUCCAAGAAGAUCGAGGUCUAGAUCAAGAGAUAGGCCUGCCAGAGGAGGGUUCCAAAGAAGAUUCGACAGAGGAAAUAGAAACGUUAAAAAUGAUCAGAGACCUGGUAACAACCCCGCCGAUGCAUCUCAGGCUGAAGACGCGCAAAAUAAAGAUAGAUUUUUCAUGCCGGGCAUCACGGGUAGAUUCCGGGACCAGAUCGAGAAACGUAAAUUGUUAUGGCAGAAAAAAGAUGGUGAUACUAGUGUGGCUGCUCAACCUGCUGUUGCAGCACCUUCAGUCGUGCACAAUCCCAAUACUCCUAGGGCUACCAAAGUGUGGGAAAGUACCACCUUUGCUCAAGAUACAGAUGGCAAGCAAGCAAACAAAUUCAAGCGGCUAAUGGGCAUCAGAGCGCCGUCUGACGGUGCUAACUCGGCCACAGAGGUAUUGAAGAAACAAGACGAAAUGUUCAGCGCCAUGGAACAACAAUACGAGGUAGCGCGAACCACGACACACACCAUGAGAGGCGUCGGACUAGGUUUCAGUAGUUAUAACAGAUAAAUCGUAAUAAGAUAAAUAAUUUGAAAUAAUCAUGUACAUCUUGUAAUAUUUUGUAUUUGUUUUCAAUGGGAUAAAAAUUAAGUGAAGAUGUAUAGGUUGAUUUUUUGGAGGGUUUUUGUAGGAAAUUUGAAAAUAUCUUUACUUCUUAUAUAAUUUAUCGGAUUUUCUUUUGUAAAGUUAGAGAACUAAAAUACGAUACUACCAAAUUGUAGGAAAACACCACUUUGAAAUUGUUUGGGUUUAAUUUUACUUUCAUAAUGUAUAAAUUAUUCCUGUGGCGCUACACCCAAACUCACUUAUUUAGCCUAUCUGUUUACUGCCACUCUUUUUCCUUUAAUCUCGCAAGAUCAGGAGCAUCUUUAAACGCUUCUUCUUUCCAGUAUUUUUGAGGGUCUAUCUACUUGUUAUUACCCUUGCAUCCUAGUGUAUACAGUUCUUGUUGGAAGCCCUUUUGUCUUCCAUUUUGCUAAGAAGUACACCUUUGUAGAAUUUGAGGUGAUAAACUCUGUUUACCUAAUAGAGUUUAUUUAAAAAGUUUAUAUGGUUCAUGGUUGUAUCCUACCCUCCAUAUAGUAUUUUCCUUAAUCCAAUAAGCCAUGCAUGUUUUAUUUAGAAUUUUUUAAUUUUGAUUAUUUUUUGGAGAUAACUAUGAUUUUUAGGUUUAUUAUUUGGAAAAUUUCUAUUUACAAUUUUUGAAUAGCAAGAAAAAAGCAGGGAUUUACAUUUUUUUCAUUUAAUUCGAGUUAAAAUUAAUAUUUUUUCCAACUCAAGAUAGCAGAUGAUUUGAAAGUACAUAAAAAAGUUUCCCAUUUUUCCCUUCGAGCUAUCUGGAUGUUUUAAAACUUUUCCAAAAUCAACCAUUAAUUUUUUUUUUAUUUGUAUAAUCUUUCCUACAAAAACGAUUUUUUUUUACGGAGCGUCUCGAAUAAUUAACUGCGAAAUUUAGAAACUAAUCUAGGUUUAGUACUAAGAAUUAAAAACAGAAUAAAAAGUUGACAUUAAUGUAUAUAAACAUUUUGUAAAAAAAUAAUUGUUAAACUUCUGAUAGAAGUUGCGUUUGCAGUAUCAAAAAAAAAACAAAUAUUUUUUAAUAAGUGCAUUAUUUUUCAAUAACGAAAAUAAAAUUGCAACUUCAGACACUUCAUUCAAACUCUUAGCAUAAUGCAAACUAAUUCGAUCUGCAGAUUAAGUUUUGGCUUUUAGAAAUACUCAGUUUGAGACACUCUGUAUUACUCUACUAUGUACUAGUACCUAAGCUGUUUUAAUCUACAUUUUCAUAUGUUGUAGCUUGAGAUGUUGGAUUUUUCCUUUAUCAUUUACGAUUUUGUGAUUUAUUUAGGGGUAAAAUAAAAACUCUUAAUUUACAUUUGUUUUUUUAUUUAUGGUCAAAUAUAACUCGAAAUAAAAACUAAUUCUACAUUUUAUUUCAAAAUAUCUUCAUUCUAUUAAAGAUAAUAAUUAUAAAUUAAUGUAUUUACAUGGUUAAUUUAUUUACAUUGUUCUAAUAAGUGGCUAAGAAAAUGUAGGUAUUUAAAAGUAGACCAAUGUGUAUGUUUCGCUGUUGAUUUUAAAGAUCUUAUUGUAGGUAAGUUUGGCUGGCAAAAUGUCAUUUCAAAUUAUGCCAAAAUGAAUUCAUAUUAUUUGAUUUCUAAAAAAAGAAACAGUAUAUUGUUUUAAUCAACAUUUAUAUCCUUACAACCUUUGAUAACCUGUCUUUUAAAAAUGUAUACUUAAAAAGACUGGAUCAAAUGGACUCUGGAGGUGAUGCUGACCCACUGUCUGGUUUACUUUCUAAAGAAAAUGGCGGUAUCCUACAGUCAAAGGUGUAUCCAUCUUCACGUUCCAUUCUAAAGCUUACCACAUGUGGCCACUAGGAGCCUGCAAGCUGACAUGGCUGCUAUACUGGAAAGCAGGUAAGGCUCUCGUUAAUGCUGGUUCCUGCCCAACAACACCCCUUCCUCUAACUGUUUCCAAUGUACCAGACAAUGAAAAUAUUCUCCAAUGUCGCUCCCUUAACUGAACACUGAGGGAUCCCAAAUUUUCUAAUCUGAUGCAGUAUCUCCACUAGAAAAUAAAACAGAAUUAAUAUGGUUUCAAUUUGUAGUAUUAAAAUUGUUCUUAAAAGGAGAUUUCUACUUACCCAAUAUACAGAAGUGGCGUGAGACUCUCUACAUCCCAUGUAGAAUGGUAUGACUGUGACUCUAAUGUUUUCUGUUGUUUCUUUAUGGACAUCUGAGAGUUCUAACCAUGGAUGGUUUUUGUUCUGCCAUGCUUUCAACGUUUCUUGAGCCAUAAAUGGUGGCUCUAUAAAAUGAAUAAAUAAAUAAUAUUGUGAGAAGCAAUGCAUGGUCAAUGAAAUGUUAUUCUUUUCUGUUUUGAUAUAUAAUAAAUAGUAUUGU